AUGGCUCACAGAGAUCUAUACUGUCCAGGCGAGUUGGACGUGUUGCAUAGUAACAUAUCAGAGACGACCAUUUGCCUGCCAUCACCGUCACCAAGGAAGCGAACUUCAACCUAUUACCCCAGAUCUGGCCUUAAGGUGUUGGAGGAUUCAAACCUCGACCCAUUCUACCUCGAACAAUCACUGGCCGACACGCCAUCUUGGGAUUACACCUCGGAGAUGCGCAAUGAUAGUUUUGAAGACAACAGCCACUACUAUACAUUGUCAUUGACCCCAGGAAAGGACUUCCACAACUCAUCAAAUUACGGACCGGACCGCUCUACACUCGCCCAGGUCGAAUUGGAGAACAGCCUGCGAUUCCACCGAUACACCCCCUCGACAGAGCGGAGUCCUCUGCAUAGCAGCCAGGAUUCAUUCAGCUCCGUGCAGACAGACAGCACUAUCCCAGACCUCACUCCCAGCAGCUCUUUCUCCUCCACAUACUCUUCUCCCAGCUGCCCAGACGUCGUCCUCCAGGCGACAGAGCAGCUAUACAAGCACGCACAGGAGGCUCACCUCGAGCCCCGGCGUCGCUUCUACCUCCCUGCCUCUACUCCCCCGAAAUAUUCUCUUCCUCCCCCUCCUCCCCCGCCGGUGGCUCCUCUGACCCCGGCGGAUACUCGUCCUACUACUCCUUGCGAGCCGUCAAACGACUCCACCACCACCAUCACCAUGGGAUACGAGGACAUGACUGGAGCUGGGUCUAUGUCGACCCGGUCACGCCGCAGAAAGGAACCUCCAACCCUUCCCAACUUGUCUCGUGGCACCAGCUCUCACAGCUCGCGCCGCAAGCAAUCUAGCCCUGGAACACGCCCUCCUCUGGAUCCAUCUAUGAUCUCGCCUCCAUGCUUGAUCAACCCCGUCACAAUGGAGCCUCAUAUGACGCACUUCGAUCACCCCCUCUUCAUCCCUGCCAAUGACUGCCCUAGUCCUGUUCCUAGCCCAGUGGCUAGCUCCCCACCGAUCUCCCGCCAAUGGACAGCAACAUCCAUGGAACGCCCAUCAACCUCCACAAUGGAUGCCUAUUGUGAACAAUCCGUAUGGGAGUCGGACUCGGAAAGCGAGUCCGUCGGCCGGAAGUCAAUCUCUCGCCGGCCAAUUGACACUCUCCGCAAGGUUCGCAGCCGCGCGAAGCUCCGUGGUGCCAAGUCGCAGCCUCGUCUUCAUCAGACCAUGCUCGAUGACCAGACAAUGGAGCAAUUCCCUUGCAUGCCAGAUGAUAUCCUCGCCGAGCACAUCACCAACUCCUUCCGCAAUGCCAGCAUGGACCGACCUAGCACAAGCCGUGAUGGCCUUCGUCCAUCUGGACUUGCAACCCUGCGCUUAGUUGCCCCCUCUACUACCUCCCUCGUUAAGUCUCGAUCCCGCAAGAAUAGCAGCAUCAACAGCUCGGACGUGGAUCGUUCAGCUGCUGCUGCUUUCCAAGCACAGUUCCGCCGCCGCCAGCGUUCUGAUACACCAGAGUGCUCCACCUCUUCACUUGGCAAGGAAGAAAAGGAGAAGUUGACAUCGUUCUGCUUUGAGCAGCACCCUCAACCCACUAUCCAUGAUGGUGCUCAGUCCCGUCCCUUCUUUCAGCGAUUUAUGGACUCACUCCGCUCCUUGAAUUGCGGCAAGCCUACCAAAAAGACAAAUGUCUCUGUCAUCUAA